AUGCAAUUAUUGACAGAUAAACUCCACAAAUACCGAGGAAACACUACUGUCCUUCAUAAUAAAGAUUGUUAUGCAACCUUACAACAGCCACGUACUAUUCUCGAUACCCGAUGGUCCAAAGGUCGUGUAGUCACCCACUAUCUUAUGGGCCAUAUUGACAGCAUCUAUUGUUUACAAUUUGACAAAACCCAGCUUAUCACUGGCAGCCGAGAUCGUACCAUUAAGGUAUGGGACUUGCGAACCUAUCAAUGCCUCAGUACUCUUUAUGGUCAUGAAGGAAGUGUUCUUUGUCUCAAGUUUAACCAAGACACCAUGAUCUCUGGUUCUUCUGAUACAACACUCAUCGUUUGGAAAAGAAACCUACCUUCUCAGCAAAAGACAGCUCCGUGGGCACCGGUAAUGCGGUUACACGGCCAUACAGCUGGUGUACUCGAUAUCGAAUUUGAUGAUCGAUUGAUUGUGAGUUGUUCAAAAGACAAGACCAUCAGAGUUUGGGAUAUCCAUAAUGGCCAGCUAUUACGAACUAUCGUUGCGCAUCGUGGCCCAGUGAAUGCUAUUCAAUUGGUAGGUGAUCGAUUGGUGUCGGCUUCAGGCGAUGCUUUGAUCAAAAUGUGGAAUAUCUUGACAGGCGAAUGUCUCAAGAAGUACGCUGGGCAUACGCGUGGUCUCGCUUGUGUACAGUUUGACGGAGAUACGAUUGUUAGUGGUUCAAAUGACAAGACGAUCAAGGUCUGGGAUGCGGCUUCAGGUCAAUGUAGAAUGAGUCUGGAAGGUCAUACAGAUUUGGUGAGAUCAUUGGCAUUGAAAGAUGACAAAAUUGUGAGCGCGAGUUAUGAUCAGAGUAUUCGCGUCUGGGAUAGAAAGACGGGUGCUUGCUUGCUAAACUUUCAAAGUGGCCAUACUAGUUGGGUGUUUGAUGUGGCAUUCGAUGCAACCAAGAUUGUCAGUGCAAGUCAAGAUCGAAGAGUGUUGAUAAUGGAUUUUACGUAUGGCUUAGAUACCCGUUUCUUUUGA